UACAGAUCAUUUCUAGGCCAACCAGCUGGCUGCUUACCCUCUGUGACCUCUGGGAAGGUUUUUUAAGGGCACUAUGGGGAACACAAGCAGUGAGAGGGCGGGCAUGGGCCAGGAAAAGGCCCACAGAAGGGACAGUCGAGGAACUAAGGAAGGAGACCGUCCCAAAAUCCUAAUGGACAGCCCAGAAGAUGCCGAUAUUUUUCAUGGGGAGGACAUCAAAGCACCAUUAGUAAAAGAGGAAUUCAUUGACUGGAGAUCAGACCUGGACACCAGUGAAAAGGUUCUCACUUUAGAUCGACCCACUGUGUUUCGGUGGACAGGAGCUGGAAGAGAAGUCUAUAUUUCUGGCUCUUUUAAUAAUUGGAUCAAUAAGAUUCCUUUGAUUAGGAGUCAAAACAACUUUGUGGCGAUUGUGGAUUUGCCUGAGGGUGAACACCAGUAUAAAUUCUUCGUGGAUGGACAGUGGACACACGACCCAACAGAGCCUGUGGUGACCAACCAGCUCGGCACGGUCAACAACAUCAUCCAGGUGAAGAAGACAGACUUUGAGGUGUUCGAUGCACUCAUGGUGGAUUCACAGAAAUGCUCUGACAUGUCAGACCUGUCAAGCUCUCCUCCUGGGCCGUACCAUCAGGACUCUUACGUCCCCAAACAGGAGGAGAAAUUCAAAUCUCCCCCCAUCCUGCCCCCUCAUCUGUUACAGGUCAUACUCAAUAAGGACACAGGCAUCUCAUGUGAUCCAGCUUUGCUCCCUGAGCCCAAUCACGUCAUGCUUAAUCACCUGUACGCUCUGUCCAUUAAGGAUGGCGUAAUGGUUCUGAGUGCCACCCACCGGUAUAAGAAGAAAUAUGUCACAACCCUGCUGUACAAGCCGAUCUGAGAAACACGGCCGUUUCAAACGCUCAGUUUAUACGACCUCUGAUAGAUCUUAUAUCAGUAUGUAUUAUUGUAAAUAGGGAUGUACAGAGAUGCACUUUAGAGAAAGAGCCCUACC